CCUCCGUGCGCUCCUCUCCCACUGGACGGAGGCUCAGAGUCAGUACCAUGCGGCUGAACUUCAGCGGCGGGCGGGCCCUGGUGACCGGGGCAGGGAAAGGGAUCGGGAGAGGCACUGUGAAGGCCCUGCACGCGCUGGGCGCCGCAGUAAUCGCCGUGAGCCGCACCAACACGGACCUGGUGAGCCUCUCCGAACAGUGCCCUGGGAUAGAGACCGUGUGUGUGGACCUGGGUGACUGGGAGGCCACGGAGCGGGCACUGGGCAGCGUGGGCCCCGUGGACCUGCUGGUGAACAACGCUGCCACGCUGCAGACGCAGCCCUUCCUGGAGGUCACCAAAGACGUCUUCGACAGGACCUUCAACGUGAACCUGCGCUCUGUGGUCCAAGUGUCCCAGAUCGUGGCCCGGGGCCUGAUCCAGCGCGGAGUGCCCGGCUCCAUUGUCAACGUGUCCAGCAUGGUGGCCCACGUCACCUUCCCCAACCUAGCUGUCUACAGCUCCACCAAGGGCGCGAUGACGACACUCACCAAAGUCAUGGCUGCAGAACUGGGGCCAUACAAGAUUCGGGUAAACUCUGUGAACCCCACCGUGGUGCCGACGGCCAUGAGCCAGAAAGUCCUGACGGACCCCGACUUUGCCCGGAAGCUGAAGGAGCGGCACCCGCUGGGGAAGUUUGCAGAGAUGGAGGACGUGGUCAACAGCAUCCUCUUCCUGCUCAGCGACCGCAGCGCUUCCACCAGCGGCUCGGGCAUCCUCGUGGACGCCGGGUACCUAGCCUCCUAGAGCGCGCGGCGCGGGCGCUCUCCCGCCAGGCCCCGCCCCGCCCCCGCCCGCACGCCCGAGGCCCCGCCCCGCCCCCGCCCGCACGCCGGUGGCCCCCGCACCCCGCCAGCCCCACCAGCCCCUCUCGCGUCCAGACUCCGCACCUGGCCAAGCUCCCCGUCCGCACCCGCCCACUGUGUCCGCUGUGCUGGUUGGAUUUGACCAAAUAAACGGAGGCCAUUCUCCUGGGUCCAGUGUGCGCCGGGGUUUCGGGGUUUCGGAGGGGCAGCCGCGAGGCUGGGGAGUGGAGGAUCAGGGGCGGAGGGCACACAUCUCACCUUCCGUGAAGUGAGAGGCCACAUCCUAGAGCCAGCCGGACUCCACCACCGGCCCUGGCUUGUGGCUGAAGGGCAGCGACUUGCUAACACAAAGGAGAUUCUUGCUGUCCAGGCCCGUCCCCCCAAACACCCAAUCGGCCCUGGGCGAGGCCAGAGUCCAGAGGGCACAGGGGAGCCUACAGCCCCUUCCCUUCCGGCGAGGCUCUGGCCCGCCCUUCAGCCCCGCCGCACAGCGGCAACCACCGCGGGUCAGAGGGAGAGGUCAGGUUAGGGAUCUGGACCUGACACAGACCCUCCCUCCGGGAGGUGGGACAGAGCGCUCAGGCCGGCUGGGGUGGGGGUGGGGUGCUGGACCAGUCGAGUUUAUCCAGCCCAAGGGAGUCCAGCUCCACCUCCAGACCCACCUCCCCUCGCAAGACCCCUCCCUCGAAGGAGGCCUGAGCUGGGCAAGGGUCUGAAGCUGCUGCCCUGCCUUCUGUCUCUGGCCCCAGGCAAGGAGCUCUGCAAGCCCUGCCGGGUUCCCCCACGCUCACCAGAGUCAAGUCCCUGUAAGGGCCUAUUUAGCCAGAGUGAUUCCAUCUUGGAUUAAACAGUCAUUUUGUUGUUUACGCAGUAAAACUUAAACUGACUCUGCCCCCCCUCCCCGCAGGGGACCUACUUAAAAGCAAGGUGGGGAAACCAGUCCCAGGUAACAAAGCCCAAAUACAAGGGUGGCUCAGGCCAGGUGGAGGUAUCCAAUCAGUGGGGUGCAUACUGUCUCCCUAGCUACCAAGGAGUGUGGGUCCCGCCUUUUGGGUGCCAAUUCUGACCAAGGUGAUAGGCUAGUUUAAACAUCUACUAGGAUAAAUUGUAAUUCAAUUGGUCCCUUAUGUGUGACCUAGCAUGACUGUGCAGCUUUCUCUGUGUGUUACAAUUUCACUGGCCACCUGUGCGUGGCCAGGCCCAACCACAUGGCCUUUGCCCUUAAAAGCUAGUCUGUAAGGCAGAGACGUCGCCUCUUUGACCAGCCCUGACCGGUCAGUUAGAUUCUCGAUGCUUGGCACAAAAUAAAGCUUUGCUUGCUUUGUA